AAUACGCCUGCCAUGAACGUUUACAUGUAACCAGACUUCUGCUCUAGUGAUUUGUUGAAAAUAUCAUACGUCACUCUCUCAAAGAUCGGAACCGGAGGUGGUCAUUGGAAAUAUUGCACCACGUUAGGUGUACCCAACCAUGGAGUCAACGGAUAAGAACGAAGCUAUAAAGCUCUUUGUGGGGAACCUGGCUUUGGACACCUCUCAGGAGGACCUGACACAGCUCUUUGGGCCAUAUGGACAGGUGGUCACCUGCAGUGUACUCCGGCAGUUUGCCUUCAUCCAUCUCCAAGGAGAUGGUGCUGCUGAUCUAGCCAUAAGGGAACUGAAUGGACGGGAGUUCCGUGGCCGCAACCUGGUGGUUGAAGAGUCCCGCGGAAGGCCCAUGCAUUCCACCAAGGUCUUUGUGGGGAAUCUCAGUGCCAUGUGUUCUGCUGAGGACCUGCAAGAGCUCUUUCAGACUUUUGGGAAAGUUCUGGAGUGUGAUAAGGUCAAAGCGAGGCUCUCCUCCUCUGCGGGGUAUGCCUUUGUACACAUGGAGCGGAAGGAGGAUGCAGUGCAGGCUAUUGAGGCUCUCCAUGGGACCACCUUCAAAGGCCGACCGCUCUCUGUGGAGCUCUCCAAUGUGCAGCCCAGUAAUCCCACCACGACUACAGCAAAGGCCCCCAUCAUGAGUCACUAUGCCACUGAAAGCCCCUCCAUCAACCCUCAUAUGGAGCACCACCAGAGUCAGGCUGCUGUACUGGCUGCUGCCGUUGCUGCAGCUGCAGGUCUGCCUCUUCAGGUGCAGCAGAGCUUGCACAACUCUGUCUACAACACAACGAGCUUUGAUCCCACAUACGCUGCGCUAAAGGGCAUGACGGCAGCCAGUGCCACAGAUGGUACUCCAGUGAGCCCUGCGGUCUACGGUGCCCUCGCCAGCCAGGUGUACGGCUCUGUAGCGGAUCAGGUAUACGACUCUAUAGCCAACCAGGCCGCCAGCUAUCAGAAUUCAGCCACAUCGGACGCAGAAGGCUACAGUAACCAGUACGACCCCACAGCUGGAGAGGCACCGUCAGCCCAGGCUGCUGUCAACCCGGCCUAUGGUGGAGCCUCGGCCCUCUACAACGCCAGCUCAGCCUAUGGCUCCAUGGGGGGUGCAGAACCCACUGCCCAGGCCAUCUUUGAGGCAGCACGGGCCCGCUUCUUCCAGCAGGGCCAGCAGGUUCUAGCGGAGCAGCAGAUGGGGACUAAGUCAGGGGACAGGGACCGCAGCCCAGUACGCCGCUCCACCCCACUGCUGCCUGACCCUGUGCCCCAGCCCUUCCCACAGCCACGCCCCAAACGCCGCGCCCUCCUCCCAACGCCACCCGGCCGACCAGAGGACCCUGCUGCUGAUAGAGACCCCAUUGCCAGAUGCUAUGCAGAGUACUAUCAGCAGGUCCAGCAGUACCAACAGUACCAGCAGUACCAACAACAGUACCAGCAGUACCAAUAUGGCUACCCUCCUCCAGCCCCGACCCAGAUGCCCCCCACAAUGCCCAACUACCAGAUGCCCAUGCAGGCCCCGCCCCCGACGGAGGCCCACAACCUGGAAGCGCCUGCUACCUACGCCCCAGCUAGAGCGUAUGAUCCGCCUCCAUCACACAAGGAGCCCCUCCUCCGCCGCCCUGACUACUCCCACAUGCCAGAGCACCGAUAACCCUUUACAUUGCAGUGUGAAUGUGUGUGUGUGUGAAUGUGUGGGUUUUGAGGGAUGUAGUUGUGGUCCAAAUGUGCAUCACUGCAAGUUUGCCCAUUUAUAAUUCCCCUGUUUUGCAUCUUCUCUUUUCUAAACACAAUUCUGACUACCGGUAGUUGAUUUUUCACUUUAUAGUAUGCCUGGUUUUGCUUUGAUAGUAACGCUGCCCCAUAAUGCAGUAAUCUAUAUUGUGAAGUCGUUAUGGUUUUAAGGAAGUGUAUGGUUGUGAUGCGUACUGGGGGCUCUGUAAUGACAGCUCUUCCUUACACAUCCCCGUCCCAUAAUCUGUCAAAUAUGCGAGAAUAUGAAUCCAUACCAGAGGAGUGCCUUGUUAAAAGCCUAGUUGAAAUAUAUUGUGUAAAAUAAAUGUGUAUAUUUUUGAGCGAUGAAGGAAGCACCCAAAUCGAUCCAUACAUUUUUUAAAUCAGAGCCUUGCCUCUGUCCUCAAGGUGACUUUAGCUCAUCCAAAUUAGCCAUUAGUUCACAUACACUAUAUGUCCAAAAGUAUAUGGACAGCCCUUCAAAUUAGUGGAGUCAGCUAUUUUAGCCACACCCGUUGUGGACAGGUGUAUAAAAUAGCUCACACAAUGGCUCAGUCGCGAAGUGGUAGUCAACGCAAGCUCACAGAAUAGGACCGCCGAGUGCUGAAGCGCGUAAAAAAUCAUCUGUCCACCUCUGUUUGGUUUAAACCCACUACCAAGUUCCAAACUGCCUCAGGAAGCAACGUCAGCACAAUAACUGUUUCUUCAGGAGCUUCAUGAAAUGGGUUUCCAUGGCCGAGCAGCCGCACGCAAACAUAAGAUCACCAUGUGCAAUUCCAAGCGUUGGCUUGAGUGGUGUAAAGCCUCACCGCCAUUGGACUCUGGAGCAGUGGAAACACGUCCAGAUGAUGAAUCAGGCUUCACCAUCUGGCAGUCCGACGGACAAAUCUGGGUUUGGCGGAUGCCAGGGGAACGCUACUUGCUCAAAUGGUAGAGGAGGAAUAAUAGUCUGGGGAUGUUUUUCAUGGUUCCGGCUAGGUCCCUUAUUUCCAGUGACAUCUUAAAGCUACAGCAUACAAUGACAUUCUAGAUUAUUCUGUGCUUCCAACUUUUGUGGCAAAAGUUUAGGGAAGGCCUUGGCCUAAUCGCCCAACAUCAGUGCCCGACCUCACUAAUGUCUUGUGGCUGAAUAGAAGCAACAUCUACUGGAAAUCCUUCCCAGAAGAGUGGAGGCUGUUAUAGCAGCAAAGGGGGGACCAACUCCAUAUUAAUACCCAUGAUUUUGGGUAUCCACAUACUUUUGGCCAUGAAGUGUAUAUAGUUUAGAGCUUUAUCUUUCCAUUGGCCAGAUUUUGUUUUUUAAAUUUAUAUUGCCUUCAUCGAAGACCUUGAUAUGAAAAGUCACUGUUCCAAUAUGUUCCAGCGUAUGUAGAUCUUUGGUUAAUAAAAUGGUUAAAAGUUUUAGAGCUUGUGUUUAGGAAGAAAAAUGGAAAGCAAGGGGCCAAGUAUCUUUACAUGUAGGCUAAUUUGGACAUGAGGACCAGUGUGACUGUAUGUGUGGACACUUGUGAACAUUCUAGGGGAUCAAUUUAAGCAUGAUGCCUUCACUUUUUAUAACAAUCACAGGAAUACACAUUCACACCUCAGUCAUGAAACUUUCUCUCCAUAAUGUCUGGGGCUUUGGGAGCGAGACCCAGGCGCUUUGCUGCAACAACAUUACACGUCUGCUGGAGUCAUAAGCAAAACUCACUUUUCUCUGGCCUCUGGGAAUGUAGUCCUUCCCCACGUCUCACACGACCUCCCGUUGGAACUGAUCAGAUAGAAAUCCAAUCUAGCAAACCACUUUAAGAUUAGAAAGGCUAGCUUUAAACUCGCAUUUUCUGGGGAACUCGUUUUUUUAUUUGCAGACAGUGAUGCAUGAAUGCUUUCUAUUAUUAUACCAUGAAUACUAGCCUAGUGACUUAACUGGUUUCACCUCUGUUUGGUUUAAAUGGAAAUGUGGAAAGCCCUGCUGGUGGCAAGUGCAUGCAGAGGGCCUCCUUUAAGCAUGCCUUUCAGGAUCUGAGGGUAAUCAACUGCCAUUUUGGGCCUCACCUUUUCUCCAAAGGACAAAAACUAGUGGGCUUUUGACACACAGUACAUUGUGUGGUUUGACCUUGUACAGGACAAACAUUUUCCUUUUCUUUGUUUUCUUUUGGUUGAAGUGAACUUCCUGUGCGAUCCUGAUCAUAAUAUUCUGUGAGAGUAUUUACUUCAAUUGGACCAUCAAAUUAAUGAAUUGUCUUAAAUGGAGCCAUUAGGCUGUCCAGGUUUGAUGGAAACGUAUUGGUUUCUAUUAUUCAGUAUGUAACCUAUUGAAACCUUAAGCCUCAAGCUUAAGUAAUAAAAGUAGGAGUGACUUGGUUUGAGAAUAAAACAACAUGCGGCUGUAUUUUUUUAUAAUUUAAAAUAGGAAAUGUUUUCCCUAUCGGGUUAAUUAUUAGACAUGCGAUUAAACAUGAUAUUAAAUCGUUUCCAUGUUUUUUUUCCAAAGGAUUUACUAAUUAUUUCAACCUUUCACGUCUGAAGGGAAACACUUUAAACAAAGAUUAUCCCAUUCCUGUGAACUAUGACAAGAUCAUUUCAAACAGUUCUCAAUUGGGCUCUAUCACUUGGUCUCAGCCUAGCUCUUCAUUACACCUACCUCAGAACAUGCCACAAACCUCAUGGCGAUGUUUGUUAGUUUGUCGCCGUGGGUGUCAGAAGAUCAGUUGAAGGCAAUCAUAUCAUUAGAAUGAGAAAUGUUUGUUGCCUUGCUGCGUCACAGUAUUUGGAUGUAGAAGUGAGCUGUAGACUACAGUUGGUUAUGGAUUGGUUUUAAUUUCUGAUAGGAAAAAUUUAAAUCGUUAUCUCAUUCUUUCUGGUUACCAUGAUAACAUGCACCUGCUUAUUGCACGUAAAUUCGUUGAUAUGGCUUUCUGUGAUGUUUUAAAACUGUAGUGCAUGACAUUGUUACUGUUAUUGCUCUUCCAGCUACGUUUUCCCUUCUCGCUAAUUAUUACAGCUAAAAUGGCUCCUGGGUCCCUGGACGCCAUGUUGUGUGUGACGGGGGAAGAAAAUUAGUCGCGCAAUGCCGUGGACGCAGUCCCCACAAAGGUAAAGCCCUCUGCCCCCGACCACGCCUGCACUUCGACCAUACACUUCCCUCAUUGACCCCACUCCUCCUUCACGAGGCACGCCAUUUUAUUAUUUAUUUGAGGUCUGUGAUGCUGGAAGCCCAACAAACUAUCACAAGACAACUAGUUUACAAGAACCCAGGGCCUGAAUGUCUGGGCUUGUCCAAUGGGUUAGUGAGGCCACACUCCCCUCAUUGUAGUUGUAGUACUGCUACUAGUAUGGUUGAUAAGGGUAAUCCCCACAGGGCACAUACACUAUUGAGCCUUUUGCAGACCCAACUGAUCUGGGUUGACGCUAGAUGUGCCUGUAAAAUAGUCCAGUCAUGGCUCUAUCUGAGGCCAUCUUCCUUUCCGAAAUUAGACGACCCCCAUCAACAGUAGUCAUGGAUUUUUCUUAUUUUCUUUGAUUCUAUUGAUGUUUUUAAAGGAAUAAUUUUGCCAAAUUGAAAUGAAUCACACUGUAUAUUGUCAUUAAAUGAAUCUUCAAUUAAUCACAGAAAUGGGUUUUAAACCUGUACUCAAAACAGAUUUAAGAAACUUAAGUUAUUGUAAUUAAGGGUGGUCAGAUUGGGGAAUGCUGGAGUUGUUGCGUAUGCUUGUGUUGUGGCAUAUUUUUCUGAGGUAUUUCCAGUGAGACAAGAUGUGCAUUCACGCUCAAAACUGAGGCGUUCCAGCUGUGCUUUGAACGGCUAAGGACGCAGUGGUACGCAAAAGGCCAGAUGAACGGAGGGAGGGAGGUAGGGCUAUCGACCUCUGUCCCACGCAUGCUGGGUGAGUAACCAAUGCACCACUGCCCCGCUCAAAUUCACCUACCCCCCCCCCCCCCCCCCUUCAAUCUGCAGCACAACGCCCAAACCCUCUCACUCUGAUCCCAUAACCAGUAUAUCUACAGGCCUACAACACCGUCACCUCGAGAACAUUCCACAGCUGCGUUAGCUUAGAAGAUAUGGAUGUCAAGAGGACAACAUUCAGUAUUCUACGUUCCCUGUCUAGUUUACGUAAAUUGUACAUAUCCUAAUCACCCUGUUAAAUUGUCUGAUUACAAUUAUUUUCCAACAUUGAUUGGGAACCUUAAUGUAAUCAUGUGGUUGACUUAAGAUAUAUUAGGCUGUUUUUGCACAGGCAGCCCAAUUUGGAUCUUUUGCCAAUAAUUGGGCAGAAGAUCAGAAUUGGGCUGCCUGUGUAAAUGCAGCCAAACACCAAAAUUCCACCAUAUUGUUUUUGUUAAGUUUGUAUUGCUGUGUUUAUUGAGGACUUCAGUGGCCUCCCUCAAUGAAUGAGAGCUGGACUAUAUCGGCCUACGAUACACCGUGCACAGUUUCAAUCAAAGUCCCCUUACCUAUCUGUCACGUUAUAGUUUCGAAUUGGCACUAAUCAUAUCACUACUAAACAGUUUUUCUUCCAGUUUCCCAAUCUUUUGUCCAUUGGAAUUCCUGACAUUUUUACAGAGACUUGUUUGAACGCAUGUGGAUUAGGACUGAAAACUAUAUGUAAGACCAAGCUUUAUGAGAAAUCAGGGAAAAUACUGUACAUCUGUAGAUUACUGUUAUUUGUCCAUUACAGAAAAUUAAAGACAGGUUGCUGAUUGCAGAACCAUUUAUUGAAAGAUAUAGAAAUGGAUCACCUGAUUCUUAAUUGAGAAUUUGUUUUAAUUUGUAGCUGUCAAAUUCAUUUCAAUGAAGACACAUUGUUCUUUGUAAGUCUCAAUAAAUGACAUUGAAACAACU